GCACCUUUAAUGUCCCUGAACGCGCCCUGUGGUUGUGUUUGUCCAAUUAGUGUGUAGGUGGAGCCCAGGAAGAAGCCGACAGUCACACACACGCACAUACACACACACAGGGAGAAACACUGGUUGGUGUGUUUUAUGUUUUCAGUUCCUGUGAGCGGAGCAAACCGACAGAAGUUAAACUCAGUGACACAAAGUGAACCUGACACAUUCACAGCUGACUGGGUCCGAUGGUGCUGGAGGAAGAGUUCCCGAUGAUUGAAGUAUCGAUCCCAUCGAUGGAGAGGGAAGUGGAUGAGUCGGGAAAGUCCAGAAAGCUUUUCAGAGUUGAAGUUUUGUUCAACGGGAGGAAACAUUUUGUGCUCAGAAGAAGCAGCGAGUUCCAGAGUCUCCACAGAAAACUCAGAAAGAUCAUCCACACUCCAGACUUCCCAAGCAAAAGGAACCCCCAUCUGAGGACCAAGCCUCUGGAGCAGAGGAGGCACGAGCUGGAAGACUACAUCCAGGACAUCAUCUAUCAGAAUGAAGACGUGCCGCAGGUGCUGCUGGACUUCCUCCAUGUGAAACACUUUCACACAGGGAUCAAGAACAGCAGCAUGGAAUCACUGGAUGAACUGGACAGUCAGGAUUACAGUUAUUCAUUAGAAAAUCAGCAGGUGUUGGGAUUUUUUCAGGAUCCUUAUCUCUGCGACAGCACGUCAGAUCUCCCUGAUGUUGUUGUCGACGGGGUUCUUCAGGGUUUUUAUCCGCGGGACGUCCGAGUCAGCUUCACCGCCCCCAUCCUCACUGAGCCUGACCCCACCACGAUAUAGACGCCUCAAAUUCAAAGUUAGAUUUAGUGUUUUAAAAUAGCCAAACACAUGAUGCCAACAAGAAAGAAAAACCAGCCUGAAAUAGGUGAGGUAGAGGAAGCUAUUGUCCAAAAUCAGCAGCUCCAGUGGGAUUUAAACUCAAAACGCUCAGCAGGCUUUGUUCUCACUCCACGUGUUUUAUUGUUCUCACAGCUCUGUGGGAAUCUCAUAUUGAGGCCAAACACCUAAAGUCCUGCUGAAACUUAACUCUAUUUGCAAAGGUAAUCACUCCGUGUCUGUUUUUAGGGAGUUUAAGUAGCGCACAAACAGUUUUUAAUGUAGAUGUGACAAUAAUAUGUGCCUUUUAUUAAUUUUAAUUCAUUUUACUAUUGUUGUUUGAUUUUAAUAAACAGGAGCAGUGGGAGUGUAGAAAAUGACUUGAAAUCUAGAUAGGGUUUAGUUUUUAAAUAUAUUGUUGUUUACGUUUGUCAAUGGGAUACAGAUAUAUAAAGGUGACUACAUUUAUAGUACUUUGAGUUUAUUGAGGCUGAUGUAAAUUUCAGCCUCUGAUGCCUCCAGCCUAGACUGAGGCUGAGGCUUUUUAAAACAAUGUCUUUGGUGUAAACAAAUGUUUGUUUUUAAAUGUGUGUACUUUUGUAUUGUGGUUGUUAAUACGUCCUCCAGUGCUUGAGGAGAUAUGAUCACUGGUCUGACAAGCAUUAGCAAGUGUUUCAUAUAUGUUGGCUGUUUGGGACCUCAUUCACCAACAGAAAAGAUUCACUGCAGCCUUUUUACUUUUAUUCUAUUCUUGUUUUGUUCUAUUAAUGUACAUAUCGUUGUUGAAUUUCACACUUACAGCCUCAUAUUCUCAUUUCUAUUUUAUUUUAUUGCUUUAUAUUUACAUCUAUUUCAUACUCUUAUUUUCACUUCUUGUAGUUAUCUAUCUUCAUCAGAGUGACUGAAAGGAAUCACAAUUUCCCCUCAGGGAUCUAUAAAGUAUUUCAGAUUCUGAUUUAAAUUAAUUACCAUAAAAGGACAGUUCACCCCCUAAACCAAAAUACAUAUUUUUCCUCUUACCUGUGGAGCUGUUUAUCAGUCUAGAUUGUUUUGGUGUGAGUUGCAGAGUGUUGGAGAUAUCAGCUGUAGAGAUGUCUGCCUUCUCUCCAGUAUAAUGGAACUAGAUGGCACUCAGCCUGUGGUGCUCAAAGUGCCAAAAAAUACAUUUGAAAAACUCAACAGCAACGUCUCUGUCCAGAAAAAAUGACCUGGUUACUAAAGAUAAUCCACAGACCUUGUUGGGAGCAGUUUCACAUAGGAACUACAGGUAAAAUAUGUAUUUUUGAUUAUGCAGCGAACUGUCCCUUCAAGCCUCUGACAACUUGGUUUAAAUCUGGAUUCACAGUAUUUCUCUAUAACAUUUGAAUAUUAAUGACUAAACAAGCAGCAGUCGUAGUUUAAGACAGACUUUAAAACACCCUGAUUCAUUAUUUAGUAUGAGAACUGCUGAGUCAUCAAUUAUUUCCCAAAGAGCCCCGAGCCUCUUAAAACCAGUGAGAGACAAAACGGCACAAAAAGCAAAUCUGUCAUGUAAAAUAGAGAUGUCUGUUUGAAACGUGCAUGUUCAUGUAGAAUCCUGUCAGUGGCAGUAUAAAGCUUUUAUUAAAAACAGGCUUUUAAAGGGAUAGUG